CACCGAUGGCUGGUGGCGCUGUGGCGGUGCGUGUACCCCGCUACAACCAGUCAUCCACAAGAUCUUUCUCAAGAUCUGUGGGACAAUACCGGUAUCGUCUGCCUCACGGGUGCGAGCUGGGUGGAGAGGUCUGGUCACGUCGCUGUGGAAGUACCUGGAGGAGGACAUGGACUUUCUGGACACACCUUUGCCUAUCAGAACCCAGCCCUGAAGUUAAUUGCUCCAUCUCAAGGCCCUAAAGCUGGAGGAACCUGCCUUACCCUGCUGGGUUCCAAGCUGCUGACUGGGUGGCCCAAUGAGAUCAGUGUUCUCAUUGGAGACCUGCCUUGCCACAUCCUCUCUGAGAUGCAGGAAAAUCAGAUACAGUGUCAGACGAGCCCCAGUAACAUGUCUGUGGAGCUUCCAGUAACUAUCAAAUAUGGACACUCGGAACGGAGACUAGAAGGUUUCCUCUUCAGAUACACUCUGGAUCCCAAUAUCACUUUUGCAGAGCCAGCCAAGAGCUUCCUCAGUGGUGGGAGAGUGAUCCGAGUUCGUGGCCACAAUCUAGAUGUUGUACAAAGUCCAAAGAUCCGGAUUACGGUUUCCCCCUCAGAACGCCACCGACGAGGGCUGGGGCGAUGGCGUCGGAUCGUGCCAGAAACUGAGUGUCCACAGAAUGCCCUGUGCAGCAUCCAGCAGUUUGAAGAACUGUGUCUCAUUAACUCCUCCUACCUUAUCCUGUGUAAAACUCCGGCUAUUAACCUGCUGUUGCGGAUUGGUCAGGUCAAACUGGAAUUUAUUCUGGAUAACCUGAUCUUCGAUUUCAACUCCUUGCAUCCCACACCCUUCUCCUAUGAAGUCAAUCCAGCCCUGAAACCCCUGAACACUGAGGACCCUGCGAAACCAUAUCGGCACAAGCCUGGGAGCGUCAUUUCCGUGGAGGGGGAGAAUCUGGACCUGGCCAUUUCCAAGGAAGAAGUGGUGGCCAUGAUUGGGGAAGGGGUCUGUGCUGUAAAAACCCUGACGAGGAAUCAUCUGUACUGUGACCCCCCACCCGAGCAGCCAGUUCCACGGCACCAAACCCAGCGGGAGGGCACCGACUCGCUCCCUGAGUUUACAGUGCAGAUGGGGAAUUUGAACUUCCUGCUGGGCAGAGUGCAGUACGACACUGAGAGCCAGCUCACCUUCCCCCUGGAGGCUCAGAUUGGCUUGGGGGUUGGAGCCUCCCUUGUGGCUCUGAUUGUCCUGUUCAUUGUCUUCGUGUACAGGAGGAAGAGCAAGCAGGCUCUGAGGGAUUAUAAGAAAGUUCAAAUCCAGCUGGAAAAUCUGGAAACAAGUGUCCGGGACAGGUGCAAAAAGGAGUUCACGGACCUGAUGACAGAGAUGAUGGAUCUUACCAGUGACCUCGUUGGCACCGGAAUCCCCUUCCUGGAUUACAGAUCCUACGCAGAACGCAUUUUCUUCCCAGGACACCGGGAGUCACCUCUGCGGAGGGGCCUGGACAUGCCUGAGUGUCGUCGGCAAACCAUGGAGCAGGGCCUGGUGCAGCUGUCCAAUCUCCUCAAUAGUAAACUCUUCCUUACCAAGUUCAUCCACACUCUAGAAAUCCAGCGUACAUUCUCUCCAAGGGACCGGGCCUAUGUGGCAUCCCUGCUCACUGUCUCCUUGCACGGGAAGCUGGAGUACUUCACUGACAUCCUAAAGACUCUCUUGAAUGACCUCAUUGAGCAGUACGUGGCCAAGAACCCCAAGCUGAUGUUGCGGCGGACAGAAACCGUGGUGGAGAAGCUGCUCACCAACUGGAUGUCCAUCUGUCUGUACACGUUUGUAAGGGACUCUGUUGGGGAGCCGCGAGGAAUCAAGCACCAGGUGGAUAAGGGACCAGUGGACGGGGUGACAGGGAAAGCCAAAUACACCCUGAAUGAUAACCGCCUGCUGCGAGAGGACUUGGAGUACCGGAGUCUGACGUUGAAUGCUGUGACUCAGACAGAAGCUGCUGUGGGGGAGGCAGAGGAUUCCCAGGGUGUGUCUGUGAAAGUGCUAGACUGUGAUACCAUCACCCAGGUGAAGGAGAAAACCCUGGAUCAGCUCUAUAAAGGAACACCCUAUUGUCAUCGGCCAGACCCAGACUCCUUGGACCUCGAGUGGAGAUCAGGUCUGGCUGGUCACCUGAUCCUUUCUGACGAGGAUGUGACAUCUGUCAUUCAGGGCACCUGGAAGCGCCUGAAUACUCUUCAGCACUACAAGGUGCCUGAUGGAGCAACUGUUGCUCUGGUCCCACGUGUGACCAAACACAUCCCACGGGAGACUCAGGAUUACGUCCCCGGCGAGAGUGAGUCUGAUGCUUGAGGCCUUAAUGUACCAUGCUCCUAAAAUAGUGUCACCAAGCCCAGCAUCCGGCAAGCCAGGACAGGGCUGUUCUCCUAGGCAAUAGCCAGAGGCCCCCUAAGACCAGGAGCAGGAUAAAGGGAAGCAGCUUGAACUAGAAUCUUCUAGUUUGCUACUCAAAAGCUGGGUGCAGUCCAGCUAAUUGACCCAUGAAUUAACCAUCCUGGGGCAGUGGUUCUCAGUGUGGCCCAUGGACCACUAGUGGCCCGUGGCUUGAGUUCAGCCCCUCCUACUUCCCCACGCAUCUGGGAACUCGCGCCGGCUUCGUGCGCAGAGGGAAGGAAGUGCAAAGGCGAGGGGGAUUUCCUCUCUCCUAGAGCGGGUGGGGAAGGAUGGGACUCAAACAGGGAGAGGCUACAAGUGGGGCCCAGUACGGGGGUUUCCAGCCACAUGGGGAAGGGGAGGCCGGGGUCAGGAGCAGGAAGGAUUUCCCUGAACUGC